CCAAUCUCACCUGUGCUGGGCUAAAGUAGCCUUGAGACUGGAUAGGGCCGUAAAUCCGCUAAGAUCAAGUCGCCUCCCUCACACUCUACCAGUCCGUUCAUUUUCCAUCAUGGCUCCCUCGGUGGACAGGCUAGGGUACUGGGGACGACCGACCUCAACUCUGGAUUGGUGUGAGGAGAAUUAUGUCGUAUCGUUUUACAUUGCAGAAUUCUGGAACACGGUCAGCAACCUGAUUAUGAUCCUCCCUCCCAUCUGCGGCGCCAUCCAGACCUUCAGAGAUGGAUUAGAGUUUCGCUACGUCUGUUCCUUUCUCGGACUGACAGCUGUGGGUGUUGGUUCCUGGUGCUUCCACAUGACGCUGCAAUAUGAGAUGCAGUUACUAGACGAGUUGCCGAUGAUCUACAGCACCUGUGUCUUUGUCUACUGUCUAUAUGAGUGCUUCAAGCAGGAGCAUACCAUCAGUCUAUUUCUCAUCACUUUGUUGUUGAUCUUCAGUGUCUUAGUCAGUGUGGUCUAUUUACAAUGGAAGGAGCCAGUCUUUCACCAGGUUAUGUAUGGUGCACUUGUAGCCUGCCUAGUGAUACGUUCUAUCUUCAUAGUGACAUGGGUGUACCCGUGGCUCAAGCCCCUCUGCUACACCUCACUAAGUGUCUUCCUUCUGGGGUUUUUGCUGUGGAACAUAGACAACCUCUUAUGUGACUCACUGAGAGCCACUAGACAUAGUCUUCCCCCUGGUGUUGGGACAGUGACACAGUUCCACGCCUGGUGGCACAUCCUCACAGGCCUAGGGUCCUACCUACACAUCCUGCUCAGCCUACAGAUCAGGUCAACCUACCUCAAGCACAGACCAAAAGUAAAGUUUCUAUGUGGGGUGUGGCCGACGCUGCACGUGGAUCUCCAGAAGACAAGCUGAAGGGACGGGGGACUGAGGAUGGUGACAUUCAGGCGUCACCCACACACAGGAACCCAACCAUCGCCCCCCUCCCUCUGCUGCUUUGAGGUCACACACACUGAGACCAGAGGGCAGCCACGAUACUGGGGACCCUUCAGUACCUCCCUGGAAGGACCAAGUGCAGUAUAGCCAAUGAGAGCUGAGAUGAAGCGGAAAACAUUUUUCCUUCUCACCAAUCAAAGUAGUAGAUCAAAGAUCAUUUCGAUUUUUCAUGGUGUUGUUGUCGUGCACAUAUUUUUUUAAAUUUUGAACUGUAACAUGCAGUACCCUGUCAAAACUACAGGGGGAGGGGGUGCUGGUGAACGUGUUACAAUAUUAAUGCUUUCUUGAUUAUGGCCAGGAAAACAGAAAACAAAUGUGGGAUUUGACAGAAAUAUGAAACACAUCCACAUCUGUAUUAACAUUUAAUGUAAAACAUGGACUUUCAGGAACAAUACAAUGCCAUAGGGUCUUAGGGUUUUAAAUAGCUUAGUUAACUUUUUACUACCUAAAUUCAUAUAUCCCUCUCCAAUAGGUUGGAGGGCAGUCAAUGUCUGUUGGUUACAAAUGGGACUGAAACCGAGCUAGCAGGAUAAGGGGGUUAUGUGACUAGAGUAGUUAAGAUCUCCACUGCAGGGGCUUUUUAGCACAGAUUUACUCAUUGACUUGAAUUGCAUUUCCUUCAUGUAUAACCAGACUGAAUCUGCAUUAGACUUGUAAAUGUUGCUCUGCGAUGUAUUACAUGUUAGUGUCAUAUUUUUAUUUAUAAUUUACCCUGAGUAUUAACUCAUGGAAGGGAGAUGACACAACUUCAUCCAAGGAUUGUAACACUGUGUCUGGGAUCUUUGACAUUUUCAAUCAUAGUGUUUGUGUUUAGCACAAGGCAACAGGGUCAUUCAAGUGCUUUACCAAAGCACACGUUUGUUUGACUUUUUUUUUUCUGACAUGAAGAAGGCCUAGCUGGAAUAUUAUUCAACUACAGUAUAUCUGCAUAAGCUGCCAAAGAGAAGUGUUUUCUCUUACUACCACCACUGUUCUUUUAACCAGUACUCUGCCUGGGAAGAAUUGGAGGAUGGGAGUUAUAGUUUUGGAUGUGCCAGUUGAAAUGCAUUCUAUAACAUUUUAUUGGAUUAUCAUCACAAUGUUAUCAAGGAGGCCUGUUGAAGUGAUUUGAAAAUGUGCAUGUCAUGUAAAAGUAAACAAAUCUACUGAUGUAUAUUAAUCAAUAUACAUCAGGGUAACAAACCUAAUAUCGUCCCAUAAUAUCACACUUUUUUUUUGCUUCAUUUAAAAAUAUAUAUAUUUGAAUGUAGUGUAUGAAAUAGUUUACCAUUCAUGCAUAUCACUGCAAUGAUUUGUGACGCUAUCUCAUUGGUUGCCACUAGAGAGAGCAGAUUGGCAUUAACAUUCAGGUUAUUAGUGUUCGAUACUUCAAUGUAAACAUGUUAUCACGAUGGUGUAGAUUUUAGACUCAGACAAAAGACUGGCACAGUAAAGUAGCAUGUGUGUAAUGAAUGCAGAGUCACUGGGCUACUGAACAGGAACCUCUACAGAUGUUUAUGGAUCAGCUACAGGCCUUGAACGCUGACACGUCAAACACAACAUGGCAUUAAUGUGGAAAUUACAAUAUAUUGAACUACUGUACUGUUUAUCGGAAAUGUCUGUAAAGUUAAAGUGUGGGAACAGUGGUCAAUGGUUGGUGGUUUUUCUUUUGUAGUGUACUCCGAGUUGCCUUGACGUUCAUGAUCAAUUAAACCCAUUGUCAAUCAA